GAGUCCCGGAUGAACGACCUCUACUACCUGAACCUGGACACGUGGGAGUGGAACGAAAUACUCCCCCAAGGCGUCUGCCCCGUGGGCAGGUCGUGGCAUUCCCUAACACCCAUCUCCUCAGAUCACCUCUUUCUCUUUGGAGGAUUCACCACAGACAAGCAGCCCUUGAGUGAUGCUUGGAUUUAUUGUAUCAGCAAGAACGAGUGGAUACAGUUUGAGCACAACUACUCAGAAAAACCCAGGUUGUGGCACACAGCUUGUGCAAGCGAAGAGGGCGAGGUGAUUGUCUUCGGGGGCUGUGCCAACAACCUGCUUGCCCAUUCUAAAGCUGCUCACAGUAAUGAAAUCCUUGUGUUUUCUCUACAACCAAGAUCUCUCGUAAGGCUCUGCCUUGAAGCUGUCAUCUGCUUCAAGGAGAUGUUGGCCAGUUCCUGGAACUGCCUCCCCAAGCACUUGCUGCACAGCGUCAACCAGCGCUUCGACAGCAACAACACCUCGGGCUCCUGA